UUAUGUUACGUCUUUCCCAUCAAGCAACAGUAUAAUAACCUGUGUUCACAAUAAACAUGCAAUAAACCGCCUUUUUCGAAGUUUCAACCCCCGUCGUCCUUCUGAGGUUGAGGUCUGUUUUCCUUAAAGAAGAUCUUGCAGUGCUGUGUCACUGUGGUGGAGAGCUGUUCUGCAAUGUUACCAUGUAAUGGCAAUAUACAGUAUCGCAGACAGCAGGAUAGUUGUUGGUCUUGGUUUGUCUGUUUAUCUGCAACACUAAGUGUGGUGAUUGUUGCUGGCCUUAAUAUGAGUUUUGGGGUGGUCAUGCCAGUCCUACUAGACCAGUUUAAAAGCACCAAGCAAUCCACAGCAUGGGUAGGAUCUCUAGCACAGAGUCUUACCUUCUUUGCAGCUCCUCUGACUGGCCUGCUGGUAUCUCGUUUUGAUUUCCGUCGCACAGCCAUGGCUGGAGUCAUCAUGUGUACAGUAUCAGUGGUGGUUAUGUCGUUUACUGAAAACAUCAUCCAAAUGUUCUUUGCCUACAGCUUGCCCUAUGGACUAGGCAGCUGCUUUGUGUUCAUAUCUGGAGUGUUUGUGAUCAACAAGUACUUUAACAAGAGACAUGCACUUGCACUGGGUAUUUACAACACUGGUGUGAAUAUUGGUGUGUUAACUCUUGCUCCAUUAUGUCAAGUGAUAAUUGAGAAAUAUGGCUGGAGAUCAAUGUAUCGCAUCAUGACUGCUAUCGUUGGCUUGGCUUUCUUUCUGACUCUGACGUUUAAUCCAAAUGCUAUGUCAGAUGAACAAAAGAAAGAGCAAGUCAUUCUCGAGCCUAAUGGUACUAUAAUUUCCGGAUUUGAAGAGCAGCGUAGUGUCACAGACACCGAUGUAGCAUUAAAUAAAGAGAUGAAAUUUGAAGAAGUUGAGCUUGAAAGUAUGGUCGAACAAGAAGCAUCUGAUGUUGAGAAGCCUCUGACAUCAUGUGAGAUGAUAACAACUACUUUAAGGACACCUGCCUACAUGAUAGCAACGGUCACUCUAUUCCUGGAAAUCUUCACAUCUUCUGUCAUUUUUGUGCACCUGGUGGAAUAUGGCAGUGAGGUUGGCAUCUCAUCACAACAAGGCGCUAAUCUCUUUAUUUACAUUGGAAUAUGUUCACUUCUCUUUUCUAUAAUAAGUGGUGGAAUCCUGGAUAUCCCAUCUGUCAAUCCAUUCCAUAUCAAUCAAGUGGCAGCUGUCACCAUGGGAACCUCCAUUCUCCUGUUGCCCUUAGCAACGAAAUACACACAUUUCGCGGUGUUUUCAGCGUUUUUUGGUGCAGGUUUGGGAGCAUUCUUCACAACUGUUGUACUGUUGCUUAUGUUUACAGUUAAGGAACGCCUAAUUAUUGUUGCGUAUCCAAUGGGUGAGAUGCUGAUAUCAAUUGGGAAUGCUGCGGGUCCACCUACUAUAGGUUUCAUAGCGGAUGUGUAUGGCUCGUACAGACCUGCGUACUACACUGCCGGGAGUAUAAUGCUUCUAGCCGCGUUUAUACCCUUCCUACAGUACUGCUUCAAGCCCUGGAGACACGCUAAAGACGACAAAUUAAUAAAAGACGGGAACAUAUGCGAUCAAAGAAUAGAAGCGUGAACUUCCCGUUACCAAAUUGUUGUCUUAUCAGAACUGGGCCGUCUUGGUAACUUUUGAAAAAUCCAUCGCGUUUUCCCGGCGUUUACCGAGAAGUAUAAAGCGAGUAAUCCAAAGAUUUUCCCGACCAGCGCAGAAAACGCAUGGAAAAUUGACCUCGUAUAAUAACCCCGUUUAGUCUCAUUUUCCUUUGCAGGAAAAUUUUGAAAAAUCCGUCGCGUUUUUCCGGCAUUAAUCCAAAAAUCAAGAUUAUUUGUCCCUGACCAGAAAACGCGCGUAAAAUUAACCCUUUGUCCACAUUUUCUUCGUAAGGAAGAAUAGGGAGUAUUGCUAAGAAUUUUUUAGACAUCCUUUCCUGAAAUAGAUCCUCUCGAUCAGAUUUGGCGGAGUUGUUGUGGGGAUCUGGCUUUGGGCUACCUAGAUUACUAUCAAUUACUAUUACUAUUACUAUUACAAUAUCGGAGAUUGCUACGUAAUCGACCGGAAGUAAACUGGUGACAAUGCGGCUUCAAUAAGAGAAACAUGCUCAGUUGACUGGCAGUCGCAACUUCAAAGACCUUGGUGUGUAACCGCUUGGUUAAACAAGGCUUUUGUACAACAAACAAACCUUUGCGUGUAAUUUAUGGAACACACGUAGAAGGUAGCUCCGUCCUGUUGAUACCAACUUCGUUUUUCUGGACACUUUGUCUGAAAUAACUACAUAAUUAACCUUUGAAUUUUUCGAUUAUAACUUUUUCCUUUUCGAAUCUUAGUUAAUGUUUUUAGUACCGUCAGCUACGUUAGAUUUAGCUCUUCCUUUCUUUUGCUACUUUUAUAUUAGUUUUAUGUUGGAAAAUAUGUCUGUAAACAGCAUCUGCGUAUGUCCUAUUUAUGCAUUCACCCCUGGGCCAACCCGUGUACCCGUUACCAAGAAAAUCUGGUAAACCAAUUAACUUCUUCAUUUAUGAUGUAAUGGUACACGAAACCCAUGAGUCCCUGCAGGCAUACACAGGCAGAUGCACCCUGCCUAUAAAAGGAGCAACCGUAAAAUUG